ACAACAUCUCCAACGGUAUCAAUUUCUAAACCAUUACAUCUUUGGGCUUCAACUGGGCGAUAGCUAUCAUGGCAGAACCAAUCGAAGAUGUCCAGGUGGACCAUCCUGACCUGGAGCAAGAGACACCUCCCUCAGACGUAUUCAUAGCGCCCUCCAUAGACAAGGAAAAGCUGCUCAAAGGACGAUCGUACUCGCAUUUCUCACCAAUCCCGACCCAGAUCACAGAUGACAUGUCAACACCAUGCGUUCUUGGUGUUGACGAAGCCGGACGAGGUCCCGUGUUGGGUGAGCGAACUAUUUCUUUAAAAGAUCAAUGCAUUAACAACCACAGGCCCGAUGGUGUACGCUCUGUUUUACCUACCAAUCGAUCUACAAGAGUCUCUCCUGGCGGAUACUCACCACUUCGACGACUCCAAAGUGCUUACCGCACAAGUCCGGUCCAAUCUAAUGCGGACGUUGUGCACGACCGAUUCAGACCUGCAUAACAGCUGCGGAUGGGCAACGAGAUUGCUCUCGGCCCGCGAUAUUUCUGCCCAUAUGCUGUCGCCGACGCAAUACAACCUCAACGCGCAAGCCAUGGACGCGACGAUUGACCUAAUCAACGAAGUGAUGAAACGCGGAGUCAACGUCAAGGAGAUCUACAUUGACACCAUCGGCAAGCCGGAAACAUAUCAGAAAAGGCUGGAGCGGAUAUGGCCGACGGUACGCAUCACGGUUGCGAAAAAGGCCGACAGCUUAUACCCCGUCGUAUCCGCGGCCUCGGUAUGCGCCAAGGUGACGAGAGAUGCCGCCCUUGAGGUCUGCUGGGAAACGUACGAGAGCGGCGAUGCGGAGAAGGAAGGUGGUGCGAGGAGCGAAAUUGCCUGGGGAUCCGGAUACCCAUCUGAUGCUCGGACUUCGACGUGGCUCAAGCAGAAUAAGGACCCGAUUUUCGGCUGGGGCAACGAGUGCCGGUUUUCCUGGGGCACGGCGAAGGAAUUGCUGGAGCUCAAGCAUGCAGACCUCAAGGUCGAGUGGCCCGUUGAUAACGACGACGGAAGCGAUCUGCGUAUGACGGACUUUUUCGUUUCGAAAGGCGAAGGCGGGGGGGACCAGCUUGUGGAUUGGUUCGGGAAGCGCGUAACGGAGGAGUUGGAACUCUUCUAGGUGCAACUUUGAGAGUCGUGGUGCUCCCAACAGCGGGAAACCGAGCGUCUAUGCAUGCGUGCAGUCGAAGGCAUGUCAGACGGAUUUGCGCACGUCCAACUGUAAGUCCAAGCUUCAACGUUGGUGACAGGGGCGAAGCCCCAACCCCCAACACAACAUCUUCUCCAGCAGCUAUGUUAGAAUCAGCGAGGCGAAAGUGACUCGCGGAAAACGAGUCUCAUCGCGCCCGAUGUUCGAAAAUAU